GGAAUUUGUACUAUAAUUAUAUUGUUUUGUUUAAUCAACAAUUGUUCUUGCAUUUCCAACUCCCUCGGUGGUCCUCCUCCUUUCAGCAACAGUCUUCACAUACUGCUCAUUCAAUCCCAAGAAAGAGAGAAGGGAAAUCAUGAUAAAAAUGCCGGUGGCUUCAGGUGGAUGGCAAAAAUAAUUACAUAGAGAUGGGAGGUUGCUGCUGCUGUGCAUCUAAGAGUACUGAACUUAAUAGGUCACCGACAUACUUUCAUUAUCCAGUGUCAGAAGAGCAUGAACCCUUGUCAUCUCACAAUGCAACAGUCUCUGCUCUCUCUACCGGGCUUUUGGUAGAUACAAAUCUAGAUACCUCAAGUCCAGAUACUUAUCGACCACCUCCCGUGCCGAUACCUUAUGAAACAUAUGUAGGACGCCCACCUACUCCAUCAGGGGAUCGAGAAGGCCCUGGAUGUAAGACUGAACUGGCCUUGGAAACCACUAACCCAGAGGCUGUUGCAGAUACUAAUGAAGGCAGCACUUUGGAAAUUAAGGUAAAGAACAUUGAUUCAGAUGAAAAGGCAGAAAUGGAUAGUGAGCUGGAAGCAUCAAAAGAAGACGAGAAGUCAGAUGAACUUAAGAAGUCCAGCAAACCUGUCGUUCCGCCACUGCAAGAUGAGGAUGAUACUUGUCCCAUUUGUCUUGAAGAAUAUGAUGCAGAGAACCCAAAACUCAUCACGAAAUGCGACCAUCAUUUUCACCUUGCCUGUAUUCUUGAAUGGAUGGAAAGGAGUGAUACUUGUCCUGUGUGUGAUCAGUUAUUAGAACACUGCAUUUGGCCUCUUAGCAAGAACUAAGACGAUGAAUGCAUCUGGUCAAUGCGUUUUGUGUCAUGUUGCUAUUACAGGGUUUAUUACAGUUUGCUUAUGUUGUCUCUUGUGAUGUCCCUUUUACUCGUUACUUUGGAUUUGUGAAGAUCGAGAGAAAAAAGAAAUCUGAACAAAUGGUUUUAACAAAUGAAUUCUUUUAGGCAAAGACUGCAAUGGGUUUUAAGUUGCUGUGUACAUACCAUUAGGAGGUGACAACAGAACAUCAGGAGCGGGAGACGCUGUUGUAAGAAAAGAAAGUAAUAGGACUAUGUUGGAAGCGAUCUGCGUUGCUGCUGUACAUGUUUACUUAUCCUCCAGCAGGUCUAUCCAUCGUUUGUUUUCUUCCCCUGUAGCAGUUUCCUAGGCUACAAUUGUUUUGUCUGUAUCUUUUGCUUUUGAUUGAAGUUUAGGUUUCCUGUUGCUCGGACAAUUGUUGGGCGUUCGUGAUAAAGGUUUUAUGCAGCUUAUGCUUAGUAAAUAGUGGUAGGACUUGUUUGAAUGGAUUCAUUUGUACAGAAGUUAUAAAUUAGAGAUUGCAAUCUCUUAUAGUA